AUGGGUUUCUUCAGUACCAUUUUUGGGGUUUUCGGUUUCGGUUUUGGAAUUUCAAUUGGUCUCACUGUUGGUUACAUUCUCUUCAUUUACUUUCAACCUACUGAUGUUGAGGAUCCUGAAAUUAAGCCACUGGUGGAUCAAGAUGCUGAGAGUUUGCAACGAAUGCUUCCUGAGAUUCCUAAUUGGAUUAAGAAUCCUGAUUUUGAUAGGGUUGAUUGGCUUAAUAAGUUUAUAGAACUUAUGUGGCCUUAUCUUGAAAAGGCAAUUUGUAAGACUGCUAAGAACAUUGCGAAACCCAUUAUUGAAGAGCAGAUUCCAAAAUAUAAAAUUGAUUCUGUUGAGUUUCAAACACUCACUCUGGGGUCCCUGCCCCCAACUUUUCAAGGAAUGAAAGUUUACGUGACUGACGAGAAGGAGUUGAUUAUGGAGCCUUCUAUAAAAUGGGCUGGAAAUCCUAAUGUCACCAUUGCUGUAAAGGCAUUUGGGUUGAAAGCAACCGUUCAAGUUGUUGAUUUGCAAGUUUUUCUUUUGCCUCGCAUUACUUUGAAGCCUUUGGUUCCCAGCUUUCCUUGCUUUGCCAACAUCUUUGUUUCUCUCAUGGAAAAGCCACAUGUUGACUUUGGCCUAAAACUCAUGGGGGCUGAUCUUAUGUCUAUUCCUGGUGUCUACGGGAUUGUUCAGGAGCUUAUCAAAGAUCAGGUUGCAAACAUGUAUCUGUGGCCCAAAAACCUGGAAGUUCAAAUACUAGAUCCGGCAAAAGCUUUGAGGAGGCCUGUUGGAAUUUUACAUGUAAAGGUUCUGCAUGCCAUGAAGUUAAAGAAGAAAGAUCUUCUUGGUGCAUCUGAUCCUUACGUGAAACUAAAGUUUACUGACGAUAAGAUGCCAUCAAAAAAGACUACUGUAAAGCACAAGAACUUAAAUCCUGAAUGGAAUGAAGAAUUUAAUUUGGUAGUCAAAGAUCCAGAGUCCCAGGUUUUAGAGCUCAAUGUUUAUGACUGGGAACAGGUUGGGAAGCAUGAUAAGAUGGGUAUGAAUGUGAUCACUUUAAAAGAAGUUUCUCCUGAAGAGACCAAACGUUUUACUCUGGACCUUUUAAAAACAUUGGAUCCCAAUGACCCUCAAAAUGAGAAAUCACGAGGACAGAUUGUUGUGGAAUUGACUUAUAAACCCUUCAACGAAGAGGAGAUGGGCAAGGGCUUUGAUGAGACACAGACAAUUCCUAAAGCUCCUGAAGGCACUCCAGCUGGUGGAGGUCUUCUUGUAGUUAUAAUUCAUGAAGCUCAAGAUGUUGAAGGGAAGUACCACACUAAUCCACAUGUACGUAUUAUUUUCAGAGGGGAAGAAAAAAAGACUAAGCGCAUAAAAAAGAACAGGGAUCCAAGAUGGGAAGAUGAGUUCCAGUUUCCAGUAGAGGAGCCUCCCACCAAUGACAAACUACAUGUAGAGGUUGUCAGCACUUCAUCACGAAACCUGCUCCAUCAGAAAGAAACACUGGGUUAUGUCAAUAUCAACCUUGGGGACGUUGUUUCUAACAAGAGAAUCAAUGAGAAAUACCAUCUUAUAGAUUCCAAGAAUGGUCGCAUCCAGGUAGAGUUGCAGUGGAGAACUUCAUAA